UUUUUGUUUGUGCAUGUGUGCAAGGGUUUCAAAAUGGAUUAGAGUUAUAUUGAUCGCGUGUACCUGUGACUUGAAUUUAAAUCUUUGUAAUAAACAGCCAUUCUUUAUGUUCAAAAAACCUGAUCAGUGGUUUGAUUUUGUUAAUUUUAUUCCAACAAAUAGGUCAAUUAGGAGUAUACAUUACUUUGAUUUCAUCACUAACUUUUUGUGGUGACCCUGGAAUACUCGUGCUUGAGAAUCAACACACUUUCUCAAGUGGGUCAUGCUUCCUGUAUUUGGACCCCCUCAGUGGCAGCUGUAUUUCAGCCCAUACACUGUUGCAAGCAGGCCUGCCAGAGGAAACAAACAAACUGCCCAAACUGCUCUCUGAUGAAGGGUCUAGGCCCAAAACAUCAGCUUUUGUGCUCCUGAGAUGCUGCUUGGCCUGCUGUGUUCAUCCAGCUUCACACUUUGUUAUCUUGGAUUCUCCAGCAUCUGCAGUUCCCAUUUUCACAUUGCCCAAAAUAAUGUUGACUUUUCAUUGACAACUGAAAUUAGAAGCCUACAACAGCUUACUCUUCUUUCCUGUCCCGUUUCUUUUGCUAAAAGACAAGAGAGACAUAUUGCUGUAUUUGUUUGUCCUCCAUUAGUGAAGAGCCAUAGAGUCAUACAGCAUGGAAACAGACCCUUUCGCCCAACUAAACUAGUCCUAUUUGCCUGAAUUUGGCCCAUAUCCUUCUAAAACUUUCCUUGUCAUUUGGCAGGCCCAAGCCUCUCAUAUUUGCAGCUCGUUUCCAAUAAGACCAUCAGCAGCCCAUACAAAAUAAUAGAGUAUUAUCUCAAAUAUACUUUUCCAACUUUCCAACUCUUUAUAUAUAAAUAAAUGUGAAGAAACUCAGCAGGUCUGGCACCAUCUGUGAAGGAAGAAACAAUAUUCUGACAAUAAAUCGAAACAAUAUUUUGAAUACAAUAUUCUGAAUGCUCUCACACCUGCUCAAUUUCUCCAGAAUAUACUGUAUUUAUUUCGUCUCUUGACUUUAGUGAUGUCUUGCUUUUAUUCGCAGCUAUGCGGGACCUGACCAUUCACCAACAACAAAAGCAGAAGUUGAUCGAACAAGUCUGGCACCAUCUGUGGAAAGAAAAGAGUUAACGAUUCGGAUCCAGUGACCCUUUUUUAGAAGCGAAAAGUUAAUGUUGCUUUUUCUGCAUAGAUGCUGCCAGACCUGCUGAGUUUUCCCGGAAAUUUCUGUUUUUGUUUCUGAUUUCUAGCAUCCACAAUUCUUCAUUUCCAACCCCUGCCCAUUCAUCCGAUUGACCCGGAGAAUGGGUAACCUGUGGGUGAAACGAAGCCCCAUUCUGAUUGGUCACUGCUUCACGUGCCAUCACCAGCCCAUGGUCAUACGAUAAUCCGAUUGGAGGAUGCAUGUGUCACCCGGGUAACGGUUGCCGAAAAGCGGUAUGUCGACCAAUCAGAGACAGGGCUACUAUUAUCGAUGUAGUUGAAGAGGUGGAGCUUCGGGUCGUUAGCUGUGCCUGUAUCUUUUAUUCUAAAAUCUACGAGGAGACUUUGCUACUGGGGAGAUGGCCACACGUUUAAGGCACAAUAAGAAAUGUACAGUUAUCGGGGGCUCAGGUUUCUUGGGUCAGCAUUUGGUGAAGAGGCUUCUGGAAAAAGGCUACACUGUUAAUAUUUUGGAUGUUCGAAAACCUGUUGAGAAUGAAAGAAUUCAGUUCUUCAGUGCGGAUUUGUGCUGUAAAGAGGAUAUACUGCCAGCAGUUCAGGGUGUGAGCCUCGUGUUCCACUGUGCCUCUCCAGCACCUUCUAGUGACAACCGAGAGCUCUUCUAUAAGGUUAAUUACAUUGGGACUAAAACGAUAAUUGAAGCAUGUAAAGAAGCAGGUGUUCAGAAACUGGUGCUGACUAGCAGUGCUAGUGUCGUAUUUGAAGGCUCCGACCUAAAAAAUGGUUCAGAAGACCUGCCAUACGCUAAGAAGCCCAUUGACUACUAUUCACAAACUAAGAUCUUGCAGGAAAUGGAAAUUCUUCGUGCUAAUAAUCCAGAACAGAACUUCAUGACAAUUGCAAUUCGUCCACAUGGCAUUUUUGGACCUCAAGAUCCACAUUUAGUGCCUGUCCUUGUACAGGCUGCAAAGACUGGCAAGAUGAAGUUUAUAAUUGGAAAUGGCAAGAACCUGGUGGACUUCACAUAUGUUGAUAAUGUUGUGCAUGGGUUGAUCCUAGCAGCAGAAAAUCUUCACCCGAAGUCAUACAUCUGUGGAAAGGCUUAUCAUAUCACAAAUGAUGAACCAAUUCCCUUUUGGACAUUCUUGUCUGAAAUUUUAGUUGGACUAAAUUAUGAUCCUCCAAAGUAUCACAUUCCAUACCUGCUGGCUUAUUACUUAGCCUUUUUUCUCUCAAUUUUGGUGUUGCUAUUAAAGCCAAUUGUGACCAUUAAACCUACAUUCACUCCCAUGCGAGUAGCAUUGGCUGGAACAUUCCACUACUACAGCUGUGAAAGGGCAAAGAAAGAUCUAGGAUAUAAACCUGUUGUCUGCCUGAGUGAAGGAAUCAAGUAUACAAUUCAAAGUUUCACAUACCUCAGCAGGUCAAAAUAGCAACAGUUUGAACCAACCCAUUAUACUUCUGGCUUUCAAACUGAUGAUAGCACAUGGAUUUGAAUAUCAAGAUUCACCAUUACUCUUUCUUUGGUAAUUUGAAAUGUUUACUAGUUCUUCACUGGGUUGCAAGAUAUGUAUUUAUGCAACAACUAAAUUGCUGCCUUUUGAUAUUCCUGGAAGAGGUAUCGAUCGUAUUCAUUGGUAUUAUUUUCUAUGGCCUUAUAGGUAAACAAGUAUAACUCUCAUCUCUCUGUGAAUGCUCUAGAUAGUCAGUAUUGGUGACCAGGAAGCAUUGAGUGAAAACUAAUGUUUACAGUAUCUACUUUGAUACAUUUUGGGAAUCAUUAAAGCUGUUGUUUAAUGCAAAUUAACAAAUAAUUCAACUUGAGUUUGAAAGACUGUUUUUAUGUAUGUCAAGUUCUUGGAUGUGAAAUGUUUGGUAUUCACUUGACCCUUUUAACUCAUUAUUUUAAAAAUCAUCUCCAAGGUUGAAGCUCUGUAGCUUUAUACGGCCUUGCUUCUCAAGGAUACAAAUAUUCAGCUUUUUGUUUUGAACUUUGUGCAAUGUUUUUGUGUUUCAAGUGGUACUUCUUGUUUUUGGGAAAGUUUAGGUAAAAUAAAAUAAUCAGAAAGUUGACCAAAAUCAUGAAACUGAAUUUUGUUUCUAUAACAUCACUGCAAACAUAAUCUCAGAAUGUUGGGAUAUAAAUAAGCGAAAAUAAAAUCAUCUUCCUUUUUUUCCCUUGUGUUUAACAAUAUCCAAAUAGUUUGUUCUAAACUCAGAAUGUGAUAUUGCUAUGAAACUUUUAGUUAUUCCUAUUCUCAAGUAUAAUGACACCAUUCUUCAUCAUUUCUUUUCUUCAAAGAUGACAAUACAUAUUUUCUGUAUGUCUGUGACAAAAUUUCAGUAACUUCUUCGUGGUGUUCUCUUUACUGUGUCUCUGACUGCUUUUCUUUAGGGUGGAAAUAAUACAUUGAUUUAAAUCUCAACGUUGUUUCACUUAAUUCUAUGUUAAAUCUUUCAAACAUACAUGUGGAUCCUUAAACGGUUAAAACAUCAAGAUGUCAAAUGUCAUUUGUUUCUUUUAAAAUACUUCCUAAAUACCAUUUGAAAGACUAGUGUCUUCAGACCUCUGGGCUUGUUAUCAUGCAUAUCCUGUUCAAAUUAACUGUUCUUCAAAGGGAGUACUGGAUAUUAUUCCUUCAAAGCUAUGAAUUGUAAGUUUGGAUUUGCUUUCUCUGAAUUACAGGCUUGAGGGGCUGAAUGGCUUACUCCUGUUCCUUUAUUCCAGAAAUGAAAUAUGAUUCCUUAAGAAUACAUGACUGUAAAUCAUAAAACUAUUCCUUUUGCUGAGAUUGUAAACUGUCAUCACAAUCUGUUUUAGUAUUUGUUUAUCCCAAGGCUGAUGGUGAUAUGUGAGAUUUCAUCUAACUUAGCUUUUUAACCCUUCUGUGAACUGUCUUCUGAUGUAUUUCAAUUGAUUAAACAUGCCACCUAUACUACUGUUACAGGAAAAAGUCUCCGGU